AUGACCGAACCCGCCGACCAACACACCGACCCCGAGAUCCAGCAGCAGUCCGCCUCAUUCAUCGAGCCCGAUGACUUUGAUGACAAGGAUUCUACCUACCAGAGCUCGCUGGGCGCUGCCAGCUACACAACCAGCAUCACGUCGAGUGCGAUGAACUACACGAACCCCGGUCGGACCCCUACUAAACCUCCCUCUCCGCAGAACGGUCGCCGAUACCACUCAUACCACGAAGGAGAAUACGUCUUGCCAAACGAUGAACAAGAACAAGACCGCCUUGACCUGAGCCACCACAUCUAUCGCAUGCUGCUGAAGGGCGAAUUGCAUCGGGCGCCCAUCCAGAACCCCGGACGCGUGCUGGAUAUCGGGACGGGGACGGGGAUUUGGGCGAUUGAUUUUGCAGAUGAACAUCCUGAAUCAGAUGUCAUUGGAAAUGACCUGAGUCCCAUCCAACCCUCGUGGAUCCCCCCAAACUGCCGCUUCGAAGUCGACGACUUCGAACUCACCUGGUCGCACAGCCAACCCUUCGAUUACAUCCACGGGCGCGAGCUGGAAGGCUUCAUCCGCGACCACGACCACUUGUUCCAAGAAGCGUUCAAGAACCUGAAGCCCGGCGGGUACUUUGAGAUUGCGUCGAUGGACGUCAACACGUACUCGGACGACGAGACACAUCUCAAGGCGAAGUGUCUUCUCGAGGGGAUAAAGAAUAUGCACGCUGCCUCGAAGAAGUUCGGCAAACAUAUGAAUACGACGAAUACUUGGAAGGCGAGGAUGGAGAGUGUGGGAUUUGUUAAUGUUACCGAGGAGGUUUAUAAGCUCCCCCAAAGCCCCUGGGCCAAAGACCCGAAACUCAAAGACCUCGGCCGCUACCACCAAGUCAACAUGUUCGAGGCGCUCCCGCCAUACUGCUACGCGCUGUUCACGAGGGUCCUGGGCUGGGAACGCACGGAGAUUGAGGCGCUGGUCGCGGGGAUGAGGCAGGAGCUGCGGGAUUACUCGAUCCAUUUGUAUACGAAGGUGCAUGUUCUGUAUGGGCAGAAGCCGGAGUGA